GCCACCACCCUCUGGAUGCGGCCUGUCAGCCAGUUCCCCACCCACCGCAGAGACCACUUGUCUAGCCCCGAACGCCCCAGUUUCCCCAGGAGCCCCUGGGACACCGCAUCCAAAGCUUCGGAGAAGGCGAACCGCCUCCCGCCUUUGGAAAGCUCGGCCCCACCGCGGGGCCGCUGCUGGCGCAGAGCCCGGCGGGCUGUUCCCAGAGCUGGCGAGACGUGUGGGCGAAUGCCCGCGCUGCGCUGCCCCUUCCCGCCGUCCCGGCCGGCUGGAGCGGCGGUUGGAGCGGGCCGUUGUCGGGAGCGCGGAGGGAGGCAGCGGUUGGGGCGGGGAGCGGGCGCGGCGGCGGGUGAGUGCGCGGGUCAGCGGCGGCGGCCUCACUUGGCCCGGGCACCGGCCAUGAGCGCCCGGCGCUCCCCAGAGCGCCGCGGGGGGAGAGCGGAGAGUCGCCCCAAGAUUGAAGACCUGAAGAACAUAAACUAUGAGCUAAGGCAACAUGUCAUGCAACUGCUUGCUAAGAAGCAAGUGGUGGAAAGUCAAGUGGAUAGGUUCACUUGUGAAAAUGAUCAUCUGUGUAAAGAACUGGCUGUAAUUGGUGAACUAUCUGAGCAGCUGGAAAAAGAAUUGCUCUUCAAUACUGCUGAUAAGGACCUUGAGGAAGCAAAGAUUCAAAUUCGACACCAGCAGAAAGAGAUAAAGAAGCUGGAACACACGGUGAAAACACUGAAGUCUGUUAUUAUACAAACAGAAGCUGAAAUAAAUGAAGGGAAGUCACCAUCGAGGCUUGAUGCCUUUAUUAAGACAUUGGAAGAGGACAGAGACUACUAUAAGCGUCACACUGAGAAUUUGCUGAAGGUACUUAGAAAAACAUUUUCAAGUCCUGAGCAAACGUCUACUUGUGGCAGCAUGUCACAAAAACUUUCAUCCAUCCAGAGAGUGUGUUCUGAUGCAGAAGUUUUGAAAAUAUUGAGAGAACAUGAAGAGCUGAAGUCAACGCUGAAAAAAUAUGAGCGCCAUGUGGCAGAAAUUCAGGGUAACAUCAAAGUUUUAACAGCUGAGAGAGACAAGAUUGUCAAUCUUUAUGAACGGGCACAGGAAGAGAUUUCCCGACUUCGUCAGGAAGUGAUUAAAUGCCCUAGGAGUCCUAAAAGCACCAUGACAGCUCAAGCUAUGUUAAGACAUGUGGAGAUAGAAAGGGAUAUAGCACUGUCAGAUUUCCAAAGGAUGACUACAGAACGUGACAGCCUCAGGGAGCAGUUAAAGAUUUCUCAGGAGACUGCAUUGAAUGAAAAGGCUCAUUUGGAACAGAGGAUUGAAGAGCUAGAAACUACUAUUAAAAAUUUAGAUAGUGAACAGUUGGAACAGAUGUCCAAAGUGAUGCUAAUGAAAGACACCAUUAAUUCUCUGGAAACUGAGAUAAAAAGAUUGGCAAGAAGAGCACUGGACUCUGAAACUGAGUUGAACCGACGGGAAGCUGAAUAUGUUUCACUUAGUUUAUUGAAUGAAAAGACAGAACAAAGUCUUUCAGAGACUCAGCGAAACCUUAUUAAGACAGAAUAUGAAAUGCAGCUUACCCAAGAGAAAGUUAUUCUUUUAGAAGAAAAAAUUGAUAACUUUUCAAGACAAAGUCUUCUACAAAAAGAGGAGAUCUGUGCUUUGAAAGAAACAAUUGCACAACUUGAUAAAGAGAAGGCAACUUUGCAAGACUGUGUGGAAGAAGGAAGAGAGAAGAUUGCUACUUUUGAGGAAAGCCUGGCAAUUAAAGAGAAAAUAAUUUCAGAUUUGAAGAUUCUGAUUACUGAGUUGGAGCAUUCUACAAAAAAAUCUGCUGAAGCACUCUGUAUCUGUGAGAAAGAUAUCACCAGUUUGCAUCAACAGCUACAAGAAACCAACAAAGAACUUGCAGAGACUAACAAGAACAGAGAAUCAUUAGCUCAGGAGAAUGACAGGUUACAAGAGCAUCUUUGUAAUAUUAAGCAAGAAAAUCAGGUACUAUAUAAAAAACUAGCAAAGUACCAGAAUGAGCUUGAUGAUGUGAAGUUGAAAGCACAGGAUUCAAACACAGAUAUUGUCAGGCUGAAGGGUAUACUGAAGUCUAAAGAGAGAGAGAACUGCGAGCUUUUGGAGAACUAUCAUAAAGCCUGUGAACAAAGAGAAAGUUGGGAAGAGAAAUGGCAGCGAGCAGAAACAGAUUGUAGCUCUGUCAGAAUGGCACUGAUCAGUGCGGAGUCUGAGAAGCAAUGGUUGAAAGAGAAAAUAGAGACUCUUGAAACCGAGAUGGAGCAACUGCAGAGCAAGUGUGUGUCAUCCCAUUGUGAAAUAGAGCUGCUGAGAAAGCAACUGGGAAAUGAAAGAGCAACUUUGAAACACCUGGAAUCUUUGCUUGUGUCCAGUCAUGAUAAAGGAUUUCAGGCACAAAGAGCAAAGCAAGAAAAAGACACUGAAAUACAGCUUCUCAAGGAACAGCUUUCUUUAGCAGAACAUAAACUUGCUGUGCAGAGUCAAGAUUUUACUCAGCUCAGAAACAGAGCAGCUCAGCUAGAGUCAGAACUGGCUAUCACCAAAAGACAGCUGGAGACUGAGCGCUUUGAAAGGGAACGUGCCAUACAGGAGCUUCGACGCCAGAAUCAUGCAGUCUCAUAUCAGUUAGGCUCUACAUUAAGAACAUCAUCACCUGACCAUUCCCAUUAUCAACCUCCUGAUUGGUCUCUGGACUUGUCCCAGGAAGGGAAUUUCAAGGACAAUGGGCUGUGAAGACUCAGCACAACAUCUGGAGAGUUAAAGUUUAAUGCUUACUUAAUUAUCAUUUUUCCCUGCUGAAUGCUAAAUUUCAUUAAAUCUAUUUCACAAAUGCUUGCACAGGUUUUUCCUCACUCUUAAUGUUGUUCAGUGGGAAGAAUUCAGUUUAGACCACUUCCUCUCUCACCCCUCUCCUAGCUCUUGUAUUGUUGUGUGAGAUGGCUCAUCUCAGUAAACAGGAAAAAAACCCAAAAGAACCAAAUGCAAGUUCCAUCAACUUUACUGACAGUGUGCUUUUAUUUUAAAAGUGCGCAUAAUUUUAAAAGUUUUUUUUAUAUAACUGAAAAAAGGGAAAGAAAAAUGUGAAACUUUAUUAGGGGGAAAAGUAUCUAUAUAUUCAGGUGUUCUAAUUUCGAUCUAUUUUUGCUGAACUAUGUGAGUAUUAUACUUCAGAGAAUGCUAUGCCAUCUCAAGACAGGAAGAGUUUGAGGUUUUUUCACUCCCUUCAAACCUGAAUGACUUAUUAAUUUGGAUAAGUAAGAUAGUAAUGCCAGCAGAUACCAGUGUUUUGACAUCCAUCUAUGAAGAUGUGUAUUUUUAUGUCUCCGUACAUACUGGAGAUGACUCAGAAAUUCUGCACCUUAUGUCACAGAAUCACAGAAUGUUACGGAUUGGAAGGGAUGUCCAAAGAUCAUCUAGUCCAAUCCCCCUGCUGAAGCAGGAACACCUGGAUGAGGUUACACAGGAAUGUGUCUGGGCAGGUUCUGAAUGUCUCCAGAGUAGGAGACUCCAGAACUACCCCGGGCAGCCUGUUCCAGUGUUCUGUUACCCUCACUGUGAAGAGGUUUCUUCUCAUAUUUAAGUGGAACUUCCUGUGUUCCAGUUUGUACCAUUGCCCUUGUCCUAUCAUUGGUUGUCACCUAGAAGAGCCUGGCUCCAUCCUCCUGACACUCACCCUUUACAUAUUUAUAAACAUUAAUGAGGUCACCCCUCAGUAUCCUCUGCUCCAAGCUAAAGAGAUGCAGCUCCCUCAGCCUUUCGUCAUAAGGAAGAUGCUGCACUCCCUUAAUCAUCUUUGUUGCCCUGCACUGGACUCUCUCCAGCAGUUCCCUGUCCUUCUUGAACUGAGGGGCCCAGAACUGGACACAAUAUUCCAGAUGUGGUCUCAUCAGGGCAGAGUAGAGGGGAAGGAGAACCUCUCUCGAUCUACUAACCACCCCCCUUCUAAUACACCCCAGGAUGCCAUUGGCCUUCCUGGCCACAGGGGCACAGUGCUGGCUCAUGGUCAUCCUGCUGUCUACCAGGACCCCCAGGUCCCUUUCCCCUACACUGCUCUCUAACAGGUCGUUCCCCAACUUAUGCUGGAACCUGGAGUUGUUCCUGCCCAGAUACAAGACUCUACACUUGCCCUUGUUAGAUUUAAUUAAAUUUUUCGCCGCCCAACUCUCCAGCCUGUCCAGGUCCCGCUGGAUGGCAGCACAGCCUUCUGGCAUGUCAGCCACUCCUCCCAGCUUGGUGUCAUCAGCAAACUUGCUGACAAUGCACUCUGUUCCCUCAUCCAAGUCAUUGACGAAUAUAUUGAAUAAUACUGGUCCCAGUACCGACUCUUGAGGCACUCCACUAGAUACAGGCCUCCAACUAGACUCUGUCCCAUUGACCAUGACUCUCUGGCUUCUUUCCUUCAUCCAGUUCACAGUCCACAUCACUACCUGAUCGUCCAGACCACACUCCCUCAGUUUAGCUGUGAGGAUGCUGUGGGAGAUGGUGUCAAAUGCUUUACUGAAAUUAAGACAGACCACAUCCACUGCUUUGCCAUUAUCUAGCCACCUGGUUAUGUCCUCAUAAAAGGCUGAGGUUGGUCAAGCACGACUUCCCCUUGGUGAAGCCAUGUUGACUGCCCCUAAUGACCCUCUUAUCUUUGAUAUGCCUUGAGAUGGCACCAAGGAUAAGUUGUUCCAUCACCUUUCCAGGGAUGGAGGUGAGGCUGACUGAUUUAUAGUUAGCUGGGUCCUCCUUCUCGCCCUUUUUGAAGACUGGAGUGACAUUUGCUUUCCUCCAGUCCUCAGGCACCUCUCCUGUUUCCCAAGACUUUGCAAAGAUGAUGGAGAGUAGCCUAGCAAUGACUUCAGCCAGCUCCCUCAGCACCCAGGGUUGAAUCCCGUCAGGACCCAUGGAUUUAUGGAUGUCCAGAUUGCUUAACUGGUCCUUAACCCAGUCCUCAUCAAUCAAGGCAGACUCCUCCAUUGUCCUGACUCCCUCUGGGGUCUCAGCAGUACGGGGCUCCUCAGAACAGCCUCUGACAGAGUAGACAAAGAAGGCAUUCAGUAACUCUGCCUUCUCUGUAUCUUCUGUCACCAGGGCACCCACCUCAUUCAUCAGUGGGCCUACAUUGCCUCUGGUGUUAGUUUCAUCUGCCAUGUAUCUGAAGAAGCUCUUUCUGUUGUCCUUGACCCCUCUCGCAAGGUUUAAUUCUAAGGAGGCCUUAGCUUUCCUAGUUGCCUCCCUACACCCUCUGACAACAGCCUUAUAUUCUCCCCAAGUGGCCAGUCCCUCCUUCCAUGAUCUGUAAACUCUCCUCUUCCACUUGAGUUUGCCCAGCAGUUCCCUGUUUAACCGUGUAGGUCUCCUGGUUCCUUUCCUUGACUUCCUACCUGUUGGGAUGUUCUGAUCUUGAGCUUGGAAGAAGCAAUCCCUGAAUGCUAACUAACUGUAUUGGGCCCUUUACCUUCAAGUACCCCUUUCCACUAGACUUCCCCUAGCAAUUGCUUGAAAAGGCCAAAGUUGGCCCUACUGAAGUCCAGGGUUGCGAUUCUGCUUGCUAUUCUGUUCCUGUUACAUGAGAUCCUGAACUCCACCAUCUCAUGGUCGCUGCCGCCAAAGCAGCCCUCAACCUUUACCGCUUCAACCAGACCCUCCUUGUUAGUGAGGAUGAGAUCCAGCAGCGUUCCUCUCCUAGUCGGCUCAUCCACCAUUUGCAUGAGGAAGUUAUCAUCAAUGCACUGGAGGAACCUCCUGGACUGUGGCUGGCUGGCUGGCUGAGUUCCAGCAGACAUCAGGGUAGUUAAAAUCCCCCACGACAACCAGGGCCUGUAAUCCUUAAUGUAAAACAAAGUCUCUUCAAAUUAAUCCUGGAAUGCAAACUGAUUGCUCUAUUUUCAAAAAAGUUAAUCUAGAGGGAAGAGCAGCCAAAGAGCCAAGAAUCCAUAUUUUACAUAGAUUGAUAAGGGGAAGGGUUUUGUUUGAAUGAGAUGAAAGAAUCAUGUAAACUGAGGCAGGUGUCAGGCAGUCUGUAAACCCUGCGGUACCCAGGCAAUGGGGAACAGGGGAGGGAAUCUGCGGAUAGAGUAAUAUAAGCAGGGGAUUUUUGCCCUAUUGCGUGUGCUGAUCAUUAGGUAGGACACCCAGUUUUGCACAAUCGUUAAUAAAAUAUGCUUUACUGAAA